GCACCGUUUCCAGCCGAAUGAAAUUACGCUAAUUUAGUACUUUCUGGCCUAAAGCCCUUUAAAUCAACGUCGUCUGGACGAUUGCCAAGCGUCUAAUAUACGCCCUCUUCCUUUUAUAAGCGUUUUUCUGUUGUGAUCAAUAUGGCGAAGCCGGACAAGCAGACAUCUUUACUUUCGUUCCUAAAAUCAUCAAAUUCAGAUGUAAAUAAUAACUUUGAUGGCGAAACACCAUCAUCGCCGAAGAAAGCGAAAAUAGCAAAAGCAGUAUUCCAACACAAAUGGCUAAAGUCCUACUUCUGGUUGAAAUUUGACGAUAACAAAAAUGAGAUGUAUUGCGAUUUUUGUAGAAAUUUACACUAUUGUAAUACCAUGGCCCUGGGAACCAGUAAUUUUAAGACCACAACCCUCCAGAGGCAUGCUGCAAGCAGUGAUCACCACUCUGCAGUAUCAAACAAGUCACACAGACAGCAAUUUAAGGAAGCUGUGCUCAAUGCUGAUAGCAAGGAGUCUAAGUCAAUAAUGUUGGUUAUGAAGGUUGUAUAUUGGUUAGCAAAGGAGUGUAUUCCUCUUACAAAAUAUUCAAGUUUAAUGGAACUUCUUCAGUUUUUAGAGACUCCAAAUAUGAGUGCACUGAAAGUUGGUGAGAAGGUAAAUUACUCCAGCUAUAAGACAGCGUGCGACAUUUUUGUGCUUUAUCUGAUCUUAUUGACAAUGAUGUGA